AUGGACUCGGAAAGCGUUAAACAAGAGGUUAUCAAGCAGGUCCGCCAGCAAUAUGUCAUGACCAAUGCCCGGGAGUUGAUCGAGAAAAUCAACGACCACUGCUUCCAGAAAUGCGUCCCCAAGCCCGGUUCUUCCUUAUCGAGCGGCGAACAGACCUGCUUCACUCAGUGUAUGGAAAAGUACAUGUCGGCAUGGAAUCAGGUCAGCACCACAUACAUCAGCCGGAUACAGCGGGGAGACUAG